CCACGCAGCGCCGCCAUGUCCGAGAGCGCGCCCGCUCCCGCUGCUGAGGCAGCGCCCGCCGCCCCGGCCCCCGCCGCCAAGGCUGCCGUCAAGAAGCCGAAGAAGGCGGCGAGCGGCUCCAAAGCCCGCAAGCCCGCGGGGCCCAGCGUCACCGAGCUCAUCACCAAGGCCGUGUCCGCCUCCAAGGAGCGCAAGGGGCUCUCCCUCGCCGCGCUCAAGAAGGCGCUGGCCGCCGGCGGCUACGAUGUGGAGAAGAACAACAGCCGCAUCAAGCUGGGGCUCAAGAGCCUCGUCAGCAAGGGCACCCUGGUGCAGACCAAGGGCACCGGCGCCUCCGGCUCCUUCCGCCUCAGCAAGAAACCCGGGGAAGUGAAGGAAAAAGCCCCCAAAAAGAAAACUGCAGCUAAGCCCAAGAAGCCGGCGGCUAAGAAACCCGCCAGCGCUGCCAAGAAGCCCAAGAAGGUGGUGACAGCGAAGAGUCCCAAGAAAGCCAAGAAGCCGGCGGCCAAGAAAGCGGCCAAGAGCCCAAAGAAAGUAACAAAGGCUGUCAAGCCCAAGAAAGUGGCGGCAGUAGCGAAGAGCCCGGCUAAGGCGAAGGCGGUGAAGCCCAAGUCAGCCAAGCCAAAAGCUGCAAAGGCAAAAGUGGCCAAGGCUAAGAAGGCGGCUCCUAAAAAGAAGUAAAG